AUGGCUUCUGAUGCCCCCGAUCAGGUCGAGCCCACCCCUCGCCCUCAUCAUGAGCAUCACCACCCCGUCAUGGGCGAGGUCCCCGUCCCUCACGGCCCUACUGCCAGUGACAGUGGUGAUGACUCCAUGCUGGGCACAACCCCCGAAGAGCGUCGCAUCUUUUCACAUGUUGCGCGCCCAGACGACUCGUACACCCCCGAAGGUGUAUACUGGGCCGAUCUGCCCCUGGGAGAGCGCUUCAAGUUUGUCACGGCCGUCGACCGACAGGCUGCCAAGGAGGAGCUGGCCACCAUUGGCCGCAUGGCCAAGCAGGAUCCCCUCUCUCCCCUUGGCUGGUACUUCCGCCACGCCGUGAUCCCUGGUGCUGGUCUCGGUCUCGAGGGCUACGUCCUCUUCUCCAUUGGUAACCUCGAGCCUCUCUUCAAACAAGUCUGGCCCGAGUGCUGGAGCAAGCACCAGGUCUGCAGCAAGAACUGGAUCGCCUCGGUCACAUAUCUCGAGAUUAUCGGAAUCAUGGUUGGUCAGGUCUUUGUCGGUGUUAUUGGUGACUGGAUUGGUCGUCGCUGGGGUCUCAUCCAGGACGCCAUCAUCAUGUUCAUCGGUCUGCUCAUGCUCACUGCCUCUUGGGGUCUGACCCUCCAGGGCUGGAUUAUCUGCUACGCCUGGUCCCUCUUCUUCUACUCCCUCGGUGUUGGUGGCGAGUACCCCAUCACCGCCACCUCUUCUCUCGAAAACGUCUCCUCCCACGGCCGCCUCUCCACCAGAGAGGACAGACUGCAUCGUGGUCGCCGUGUCACCAUGGCCUUCCUCAUGCAGGGUUGGGGCCAAUUCGUUAACCAGGUCCUGCUCAUCAUCCUCCUUGUCAUCUUCAACUCGGGCUCCGGCGCCCCUCCCUACAGCCACAGCGCCGCCCAGUACGCCUUCCGCCUGUCCUUUGCCUUCCCUGCUAUUGGCACUCUCUGGCUCGUCUACUACAGAACUUGGAAGAUGCCUAACCCUUCCAAGCAGCUCGCCGCUGCCAAGGCUCGCACCUCUGUCACCGGCUACGAUGUCACUGCUCUCAAGUAUUGCUUCACCGAAUUUGGCGGUCGUCUCAUCGCCACGGCCGGUGCCUGGUUCUGCAAUGACGUAUUCUUUUACGGCAACAAGCUGUUCCAGGGUCAGUUCAUCAGCGUCAUCUCAUCUAACCCCUCGAACCUCCUCACCACCUGGAGCUGGAACCUGGUCAAUAUUGUUGUCUCGCUCGCCGGAUACUAUGCCGCCUCUUUCCUCAUCGACAACAAGAUGUACGGCCGCAAGAUGAUGCAGCAGGUUGGCUUCUUCAUGUGCUUCCUCAUGUUUGUUAUUCCCGCCUUCAAGUACGACUACUACACUAGCCCUGCCGGCAUCCAUGCUUUCCAGGCCAUGUACUUCCUCUCCUCCUUCUUCAACCAGUUUGGCCCCAACUCGGUCACUUUCCUCGUCGCCGGCGAGGUCUUUCCCACCCCCAUACGUGCCAGUGCCCACGGCUUCUCCGCCUGCAUAGGCAAGGCUGGUGCCCUGCUCGCCUCGGUUCUCUACAACUACAUCGACACGCCGACCAAGUUCAUGGUCGUUCCCUGGUUCGGUCUCGCCGGUAUGCUCCUGACCUACCUCUUCCUGCCCGAUACCACUGGUCUCGACCUCAAGGAGCAGGAGCGUCGCUGGCGCUACAUCCGCGACAACCGUAGCCACGAGUACCACGGCGUCGCCGUCAAUCCCAAGCAUCUUUCCGUAUGGGAGCGCCUCAUGGGCCUCGCCAAGACGUACGACCCCGAAAAGGACUGGAAGGCCAAGGUUGAAGACAUGCGCAAGGAGUGGGAGGAUGUCCAGGCCGCCCGUGGUCCCAAGGAGAUGGAGAACAGCCAUGCCGACCACGGCAUGGGCGACGAUGGCGAGUUCUCCCAGGAGAUUCACGAGUACUUCAAGCGCUCUGCCCCUCCUGGCCUCAACAACCGUGGUGUCCUUGGUGAAAAGAUCGCUCACGAGUCGGAAAAAUAG